AUGCUUGUAUUAUUCUUCCUGAAUUCAGUUCUCAGGAGGUUCAAGAGUUCCUUGCGGUUAUAUAUCUUCUUACUCCUCACCUCAACCCAUCAUUUAAUAUGUUUAUCAGAUGUUUGACUGGAUCAAACGGGUUCAAUCUCAGCAAGGAGGUUAAAGGAGAAGAAACCGGUUCAAAGCAUGAUAGAUCUAAAAGGAAGCUGGAGGUUAAGCUUGAGGAGCUAGAACAAGAGAACAAGAAGUACAAGAUGAAGAGUGGAGAUGAGGAGAAGGGCGACCUUGAUGAAGAACGGGAGGAUGAGGAGGGAGGGGACAAAGCAAAUCAGGAUAGAAAACCAGAGACUAUGACCUCUGUAGAGGUUAAGACUGAGGAAAAGCAGAAGAGUUCAAAGGGACCCUUCACCUGUGAAAAGUGUGGGAAAGUGUUUAAAGAACGAAGAGUGUUAAAGGAACAUGAAAAUUUACAUUCGGAGCCCAAGUUUGAAUGUAUGGAAGGCUGUGGAAAAAAAUUUCACACAAAAUCCAAUAUGCGCGUGCACGCCGAUGUUGUGCAUUUAAAGAAGAAAAAUAUUCCCUGUGAGAUCUGCGGGAAAAUGUUCUACAAUGUUAGUCUUCUGAAAGUGCACAAGGAGACGCAUAGUGCUUAUAAGUUGACCUGCCGCCACUGUCCCGCCACUUUCUCAGCAUCCAAGACACUUAGGAACCAUAUAAGGACAAAACACACCACCGAGGAGAAUGUUCCAAAAUGUUAUAUUUGUCAUAAAAGUCUGGCAAGUGAUCUGGUUCUUCGAAAUCAUAUUGCCAGAGUUCACUUUCACGAGAAGAACUGCGUGUGUGCUCACUGCGGUAAAUCAUUCUUUGAGAAGUCAGAGUUAAAUUCACAUCUAGCAACCCAUAACCCUAGUCAAAAUGUAACAUGUGAGAUCUGCUCUGCCAGGUUUAAGAACAAGAGAAACCUCUCCUCUCAUAUGAAGAGCAAGCACGGGGAUGCUGAGAGGAAACAUGUUUGUGAUCUUUGCGGGAAAUCUUUCUUCAAGACAUACCAUCUUAACAGACAUUUGGAUGGGCAUAAACAGAAAACUUGUUUCUGUAAAAUUUGCGAAAAAGGAUUUGGAUCCGAAGCAAAAGUUCGCGAACAUCACAGAAAAGUUCAUGAGCGGAAAGCCAAAAAGAAGGAAGGUUGUUGUACUGGCUGUGGGAAAAGAAUCUCUGACAUGUUAGAUCUAGAAGAACAUAACAGAACAUGUAUUGUAAUAAACAGCUCUUCACCCCGUAUACAGAAUAAUGUAGAUCACACUGGGUUGCUUCAUUGGAACUUAAACGAAGGGGAGCUCAAGCCUACAACCUAGAUUGAAGGUUUGACACUGACAGCGAUUAUUAUUAUUAUUAUUAUUACUGGAGGAUAUUCAUAUACAGAGGCUCAACUCUACAUCAGAGGCUCAAAAAUAUGGCGGCUCAGUGUAAUUACAUCGGCUCAGUAUAGUUAAAAAGGCUCAAUUGUUUUUUAACAGACUUAAUCUAAAUAUAGCCCCUCAUUGUAGCUCUAGAGGCUCAACACUACACGGGUAGAUCAAUUUAAAUGUGGCGGCUCUAUGUAGUUAAAAAGACUCUAUUCUACAAAUUACAAAAGAACCUUAAUUUAGAUGUAUCUGUUCAGCUGUAGUAACAGGUUUCAAUACUAUUAUUAUUAUUAUUAUUUUUAUUAUUUAUUAAUGGUAAAAAUAAUAACAAAGCCGUGUCCAUAGCUAAGACUUCACUUUCGGCUUGAAUAUAAAACAGCGUAUUAAAAUAAAAAAUGUCUAAUUUACAAAUUUAUAAUGCAUUCUUGUAUAUGCUGUAAUCUGAUGCAAACAUGAUAAAC